CAGUUAUCACUAGUCGGCUGAGCACGGUUGUCGUUUCAGUCGAAACGAAAACUAAACGAGAGCGCAGCAUGAAUCGCGAUGAAAGUUGUAGGGGAAAAUAUUUUCCUCGACGCAUAAACAUUCAAUCGUUGUGAAAAAAAGACUGUUUUAACGGAAUGACGUGUUGAAUUCUUAAUUUAGCGAAAUUAAAAACAUUUAUAUAUUAUGUAGAAUUUCAAGGAGUGAUAUUUUGGUACUUAAUGAUGGGCAACGUGCCAGAUCAAAUGGAAGUUCUGUUUGUAUGCAAUGAUAGUGCAGAGUAAACAUUAUAGUGGUUUUGAUUAACAGUGGCUAAACAUUAUGAUCGAUGAGAGGUAAUGCGAACAACAUUUACAGGUGCGCGCGAUUGUGUUUACGUCUGGUAAUGAGUUCGAUAGUUCGAUAUGAGUGUAAAUUCGGAUUGUGCGCCUGACCUUCAGGAAGGCGAGGCUCAACGUGUGUCGAGCAGGGGUCGUCCCUCGUCCCCAAGCAAAUCGGUGGCAGCUGUGCUAUGGGACUGGUUACAGCCACUAGCAAGACUGUGGGGUCUCAUAACGGCCGUCGUGAUGAGCGGCGCGGGCGCGGAACUCGUCGUGCUUGGCUAUGAAGUGGCGCCGGCCUUGCUUGUCGGAGCAGGGCUGGUGCUUUUAUUGGAGACGAUGUGGGCUGUGGCAUUGUUUGUGGACCUCCUCGGUCGGCGAGGAGAGUACACCUUAUCCCUCAGAUGUUGGGACUUCAUGAGAUGGUCGUGCGCACGCGCCCGUGCUCCGUUCUACGCAUGCGUUGCGACAGCAUUGCUAUUCUCACACUUAACUCUACUAGCAUCAAUUUCAGGUGGUAUGCUUCUGAUAUUGGCUGCUCUUCGAGCCAUGGUGCCGUUCUCGCCGUACAUCAACCACAGCCGGCAUUCUCCUAGGGCGGGUAGCUCCCUACUGAGUCAGCACGACUCGCCGCUGCCAAGUGUUUUUUAUAACGCCGCCCAUUCAGGCGAAGACGUCAGAUCUGAGGAGAUGACGGUUUUAGAUGUGAAGUCUAAUAAUAUUUCUGAAGCGGAUAGAUCACGACCGGUGACACCAAAACCGCCUCUGCUAGAGCUCUGAUGUAGCAAACGUAAACAAUUAACGUUGAAAUAUCAAGUGCAUUGUGAUGGAGCAGCCAAUGAGAAAACAAUUAAACUAGACAUUAUCAACAUGUUACUAUCAAUUGUAUUUCAUCGAGAAGAUGUCAACAAUACCUACUACUAUGUUGCUUUGAAACUGUUGCAGGGCUAUAUCUGCAGUAUUAUCAUACCAUGACUCUUUACAACGAGUCAGUUACUAUAAUAUAAAUAGCUGUUAGAAUCUUAUCAGAAACUAUUUUUUCAGCAGUAGAUAUAUUAUAAUGUCGACAGUUGGCUCUUGCGAAGACUUUGGUACUAAUAGCACUCAUAAAAAGUGAUGGAUAUUGUAAUUGAGCAACUUAAGGUGUUUCUUUUUGUAAAAAAUAUUGUUUAGUCUAGUACAGAUAAGCGACGAUGCUAAUAGUGAUCAAAAGAAAUAAGCAACGAAAAUAGAUUAUAGGGAUAAUGUAGUUAUAAUAUUUAUUUAUUUAACAUUUUUUGUCUAAUUUUAUACCUGCGGAAGAACUGUGAUAGAUUAGUUUUUAGUACUAAACGUCGAUCACUAAAUAAUAAAUGGUAUUGAUAAGUUUUAGGUGUCAAAGUAUCCAUUAAAAUAAAACAAAACUUGGUUACGUGUGAUUUUAUUUUUUUCAUGUGCUCUGUUUUUGGCUGAGAACUGCGUAGUAGGAGUAUGCCGCUUUCAUUAUCUAAAUGAAGCAAUCGGUGUUUAUAUACGCGAAUCCUGCUGCAGUGAGACGCAGAGGGCGCUGCGCUCUCAUCAUCGUUAUCAUCAGAAGGCGUCGGAGUUUCGGUGACAUCUUCUCCCAUUUCGAAUGCAUCACAGCAUCGGCUAUGCGGGAUGCUUGCAACGUUAACUCGUUUCCUGUGAAGCAUUGCAAAGCUAG